AUGGUGAAUCCAACAGCCCAUGAAACAGCAGCAGUAGCUACUGGUAGCACCAAGGAUGCAACCAACUCUACCUUGACUAAUUCCAUCCACUCGUACUAUCGUCACCUUUCUGACUCAUCGAGAAUGAUACUGGUGAAUGCAGUUUUUGAUGGAAAGGAUUAUAGAGGAUGGCGAAGAGCUAUACGCAUCGCAUUGUCUGCUAAAAAUAAGCUAGGGUUCAUUGAUAGGAGUUUUGCUCAACCAGAGUCCUCUUCUCUUUUUCAACCAUGGAGCCGCUGUAAUGACAUGCUUCAAAAGGAAUUGAGCGGGCUGGUUCAAGAAAAUUCUGACAUUCCCGGAUACUACACUAAGGUAAAAAGGAUCUGGGAUGAGCUUGAUGCUCUCAAUACUUAUGUGCACUUCAGUUGUGAUUGCACCUGUAAGGGGAAAUCCAAAAACCUUAAAUCACUUUUGGAUGGUCAUUUAAUCCAGUUCUUGAUGAGUCUUAACGACACUUAUUCCUCUAUUCGAAGCAAUAUUCUAAUGAUCUCGCCAUUUCCUAGCGUUAAUCAGGCUUACUCGCUUCUCAUCCAAGAUGCAAAACAACAUGAGAUAUAUGCGAGUAAAUAUCCCAUCAAACCAGCUUUCCUGGCCACUUCAAUGAAGAGGCCCAUGGUAGUUGGUAGAAUUCAAGAUGGUUUAUAUUUGGUCAAGUCAUUCCCGAUCAAGAAGCGUUCAGUUUCUAAGCCAAUUAUUCAGCAAGUUUCUCAGCUUUCUUCUAGUUGCAUUAGUUAA